GCAAACACGCCUGCUCGCUCCACGAGCUGUCAUGAAGCUUGUGCUAUAACAACAAAUGCCUGCACAUUUUCUUUUGCGUUUAUUUCUUUACCAAAGGAAAAAAUAUAAACAACGUUUUAAUGUAAGACGUAUCUGUUUUGUGGCGCCGUGUGCCAAUAUUUUUACAGUUGUUCUGGUCUGAACCUGUCUUCAAAAUGCUCCGGACAUUGUGGAAAAAGUUGGGACCCCUUCACUCUACACAAUCAGCCCCUCUUUGUUUGUUUGCCUCUUCCUGUUCUAACCAUCUUCACAGAUGUGAACCUAAACGUACAACUUUUUCCAACUUACAAACAUUGUCAAGGACUAUUUACUCACACUCAGAUCACCAGCAAGGGCAUGUACAGCACACUUUUCCCUCCACAGCUGUCAGUCACAGUUCUACUAACUUUUUAUUGAUGCAUCAUGGGAUAUUUGCAAACUGCCAUAGUGAACAAAGGCGCUUUUACUCGCCUGAGCUUGUAAAGACUGUUUUGAAAUCUACGAUAAAACCUGCUGUAGUCCCUGCCAAAAGAGUUCCAAAAGGACCAAGGACCAAGCAACCAUCCAGAUCCAACCAGCCUUCACAAACAGAGGACCAGGAUAUGAUGCAGUGUAUAGCAUUUGCAACGGCUGACCAAUACCACUUACCAACACUUUGCCAUGACUUAAUUGGGAAUGGUUUUCAGGAGAUUGAUUUACCAAGAGAUGCCUCCAAUGUCUUGGUUAUAAGCACUGACAUGGCUGCAAAACCCGAUGAUAAUGCACUCAUAUUUUUCUUCAGAGAAGGUUCUGUUGUCUUCUGGAAUGUUGAGGAUAAAACCCUUAAAAGAGUGCUGCGGGUAUUGGAACGUCAUGAGAUUCAGCCUUAUGAAGUGGCAUUAGUGCACUGGGAGAACGAAGAGAUUAACUACACUGUUGGAGAGGGAAAUACUAAAUUGGAGCGUGGCAAUUUUGUUUUAAGUGACCAGAUGGAACAACAAGAAGCUGUUUUAGAGAAAUUUGCCUUUUCAAAUGCCCUAUGCUUGUCAGUAAAGCUAGCCAUUUGGGAGGUGGCUUUGGACAACUUUGUAGAGUCAAUUCAAUCAAUCCCGGAGACAUUGAAGUCUGGCAAAAGAGUAAAGCUGUCCUCUGCAGAAGUUAUGCGAAAGAUAGGAGAACUUUUCACACUCAGACACUGUAUAAACCUGAGGUCUGAUUUGCUCAUGACGCCUGACUUCUACUGGGACAGAGAAAAUUUGGAAAAGCUUUAUGAUAAAACAUGUCAGUUUCUCAGUAUCAAUCGCAGAGUGAAUGUGGUGAAUGAGAAGCUGGAGCACUGCACCCAGUUGACUGAUCUGAUGAGGAGCCACUUGAGUGAGAAGCACAGCUUAAGACUGGAGUGGAUGAUAGUCAUUCUUAUCACCAUCGAGGUGAUGUUUGAACUGGUACGUAUGAUUUUCUAAAAAUCACUCGCCCAAGUGAAGAAUGCUGCAAAGUUGUGGAUGGGAACAACUUUAAAAAUAAAUAUUUGAAAUGUUACUGUUAAUUUUGUCCAGUGUAAGUGCUCAAAUAUUUUUUUUUUUUAUAAAAAAAAUUAUACUCAAGGGGAUUGUAAAACCAGAGAAAAAUAUAAGACAGAAAAAUAAGAUAUUGUUUUUUGCGUGAUUCUAUAAUACACAUGCCCAUAAUCUAUUGAAUAUGUAAAUGCAUUGGUGAAUAUUUUUACAGCUCUUAAUUUUGUGCUUGAAUCAGUUAAUACUAUUUGGAAAUCCGACAUUUACUGUAAUAGGGAACAGAUUACUGUAUCCACUGCUGUAUUGUUUAAAAACUCACAAAUUCAGACCAUGUUACAAUAUAAUGUCAUUUAUUGAAAGAAAAACAUUUCAUCAAUAAACCUUUGUCAUAUGGAGUAAGGCUUGUUCUGUGUAUUUUAGUUUUUCAGAAAAUGCUGUUGAUGAAUUUGACCCAGUAUUGAACUAUACAAAACAAAGCAUAAUAUUUUUUUGUUAAGGCUUUGUAAAUAUUCUGUGGUUACAAUAGAUUCUGCAUAUAUAUAUAUUUUAUUAUAUAUACUGCCGAAUGGUUAAAAAUGUAGAAAAUGUCUUAAGAGCAAAAGGUGCGUUUUAGAAUAUGCAGCAAAGCAGUAAUGUACAUUUAAAUAUACAGUUGUCUACUUCAGUGUAUUUUGAAUAUUAUCCGUGUUUGUAAUUCUGUAUAGACAGGUAUAAUGUUAGAUAUCUACAAAAGUAGUCAUUGCUAGAAUGCAUAAUUAUGUCAAGAAAUACAGAUUUAUACCAAUUAGGCAUUACAUUAUGACCACUGACACAAUGUGAAUGGAACACAGUGAAGUUCAUAUAGUGAUAUUUUGUUGUAUUAAUGAAAGGUAAAAGGCAAAAGAAAAAUGAAAGAGCACAAGAGUUAGAUGAUCUGAAAGAGUUACACGAAUUAUAAUGGUAAAGGUUUGUGGUCACUGGCCAUAAUGUAAGGCAUAUCUGAUGUGAGUAUGUAGUUUCUGUAAAAUAAAAUUUAUUUACCCACAAA